UUCUGUCUUGGAGAUAUUCUUCCUGGAACAUUAGCUAAAAGAGCAGCUUCUCAUUCAGGGCUUGUUUUAGUCUGUAAUAACAGGCUUCUAUGAAAUAUCUUACUUGCUUUUGUGGUCAGUCUCAGUCAACAUUUUAUUACAAGGGACGCCAGUUUUGUGUGCAAAUGAACACCUUGACUUCCAGCUAGGAUUUGACCUGUACAACCAUGGCGAAUUUGCUCUCGCUGCAGUUCAGUGCCUCUCUCAGAAAAUAUGGGAGUCUAAAGCCUCUGAGGACUGCUACAACGUUACCCAUUGAUAAAAGACGUUACAGCAGCAAAGAUGGAUCUACUUCUGAGUACCUGCACAAAAGUAUUGUGCCGUCUAUGCAUUAUCAGAAGAGUUUACCCAGGCUACCAAUUCCAAAACUGGAAGAUACAGUCAAGAGAUAUUUGGCAGCUCAGAGACCUCUCCUUGAUGAUGACCAGUUCAGUAAAACGGAGAAGUUGGUAAGGGACUUCCAAAGUGGUGUUGGGAACCAACUUCACGAGGAGCUGGUGGCUCAGGACAAGCAGAACAAGCACACAAGCUACAUCUCAGCCCCAUGGUUUGACAUGUACCUGUCCGCAAGGGACUCUGUAGUCCUGAACUUUAAUCCCUUCAUGUCCUUCAACCUCGACCCCAAGACGGAGUACAAUGACCAGCUAGUGCGAGGCACGAACAUGGUCUGCUCGGCUGUACGGUUUAUGAAGACCCUCCGUGCUGGCUACCUGGAGCCAGAGGUAUUCCAUCUGAACCCAGCCAAGAGUGACACGGUCAGCUUUAAAAAGUUCAUUCGCUGGGUCCCCUCCUCCCUGUCAUGGUACGGGGCCUACAUGGUGAACGCCUACCCCCUGGAUAUGUCCCAGUAUUUCCGCCUAUUCAACUCCACCCGUAUCCCCAAGAAGGGACGGGACGAGCUCUUCACAGAGCCUAAAGGGCGCCACCUACUGGUGAUUAGGAAAGGCCACAUGUAUGUGUUCGAUGUGGUAGAUCCUAACGGGAACCCGGUGGAGCCUGCGCAGAUCCAGUCCCACUUGAAAUACAUCCUGUCUGACCAAACUCCAGCCCCCGCCUAUCCUCUGGGCUUCCUGACCAGCGAGAACCGGGACAUAUGGGCCGGACUGAGAGAGAAGCUCCUGGCUGCCGGAAAUGGAGAGGCGAUCGGUAGUGUCGACAGUGCCUUAUUCUGUCUGUGCUUGGAGGACGAGAACAUGCGAGACCACAUUCACAUCUCCCACAACAUGCUGCACGGGGACGGCUCUAACCGCUGGUUCGACAAGUCGUUCAGCAUAAUCCUCGCCAAAGAUGGACAGGCGGCCAUCAACUUCGAGCACUCCUGGGGCGACGGCGUGGCCGUGCUCCGCUUCCAGAACGAGAUCUUCAAGGACUCCACGGAGAGGCCUCUGGUCCAUCCCGGCUCCUCAGCAGCGGUGGUGGACUCCGCUUCUGCCGUGCGCCGCCUCCAGUUCAACCUCGACGGCGAGCUGGAGACUGGGAUCGCGAAGGCCAAGGAGAACUUCGAUUCGGCCGUGUCAAAGCUCACCAUCGACGCCAUGGAGUUCAAGAAGGGCGGGAAGGAGCAGCUGAAGAAGAAGAAACUGAGUCCGGACGCCAUCGCUCAGCUGGCGUUCCAGAUGGGCUUUCUGAGGCAGUACGGGCAAACCGUAGCUUCCUACGAGUCUUGCAGCACCGCGGCGUUCCGUCAUGGCCGCACAGAGACCAUCCGGCCCGCCACGGUCCACACACUGCGCUGUGCUCACGCCUUUGUACGUCAGCCAGGGAAGCACAGUGUGGACGAACUGCAGGGACUGCUCUCCGAAUGCUCGAAAUAUCACGGGCAGCUCACCAAAGAGGCGGCCAUGGGCCAAGGGUUUGACCGGCACCUGUUCGCAAUGAAGUAUCUGGCCAACUCAAAGGGCCAGCCACUACAUGCCCUGUACCAGGACCCGGCAUAUGCAGCUAUUAAUCACAACAUCCUGUCCACCAGCACCCUUACCAGCCCUGCAGUUAGCUUGGGAGGCUUUGCCCCUGUGGUGCCUGACGGUUUUGGGGUAGGCUACGGUGUCCAUGACGACUGGAUCGGCUGCAACGUGUCCAGCUAUCCAGACCGUAACGUACAUGAGUUCCUGCAGUGUGUCCACAAGUCACUUGAGGACAUCUUUACUGUUCUGGAAGGAAAGCCUCUCAGCUAAGGAAAGGGUUUCAUACAGAGAUCACUAAUGCAGGGAAAUUAUGGAGUUCUGUAAUACAAUUAGGUGAAUUUUAAGGCUGUGUUUCUCGACUACUGAUCUUCAGACCAUCACUGCUCAGGUGGUACAACCAUACCUGCAGACUAGGUGACCUUAUCUGUCUGAAAGGAAUAGGUUAAAAAACACUAAGUGCACUUUGUCCAGGUUAAGGGCUAAUACAAUAGUGUGGGUUGAGAGAAGUGUUGUUAAAUGACAUCACAGCAAACUAUAUAAUUGGGUCAUCAAAGGUUAAUGUAGCAGUUUAAUAUUCAGUACGCCACUUUUGCAGUGCAUGUGAAUUAAGCAGGGCAGUGUUCUAAACAAUAUUCACUAUGAAUGUCAAGUUGGAGAAACCAUAUGAGUGAUUCAUUGCAUUUUUUUGCUAAUAGAAUUGGCAUUUAUAAUGCCAUUCAUAACCUUUAAUGAAGCUGUGUAUGUACAUGCCUUAUUGAGUCAAAUGAAUAAAUGUUUACUUGAAGUCAAUUCUG